AGCGGCGGAACAGGGAGGCGUGGAGGAGCGAGAGGGCGGAGGCGAAAGGGUUAAGAACGGGAGGAAGCAGUUAAGAGGAAAAAGAUAAGGUCAAAGAAAAGGGGAGCACAGGACAAAAGGAAGGAAUGGAAUUCAGAGCGAAGGUGACGGUAGAGAGAGAGAUGCUGGAGAAAAUGAUAAGGGAUCAAGCAAAGGAAACACUGAGAGCACUAAAAGAGGAAGUAAAGGACCAGAGAGAGGAGAUAGAGAACCUGAAAAGAAAAAUACGUAGGCUAGAAAUGGGCGCGGGUAAAAGGAAGAGGGACGAAAGCGCAGAGAACAGGGGCAGGCAAGAAGAAAUGAAAUGGUGGUCCGACGACGAUGAGAGGAAUGAAGAUGAGAGAAGGAGAAAAAACAUAAUAAUAAGGGUAGAGAGGAACAGAUGGAUGGGAAAGGGAACGAACUGGGAGAAAGUGAGGCAACUGCUCUCGGAGGAACUGAAGUUAAGAGUAGAAAUGAAGGAAGUGAGCGUAAUAGGGCUGAGAGGAGAAUGGCUCACGAUGCUGGUGAGGCUGGGAAGUGAAGAGGAGAAAUGGAGAGUAUUAGAGGCAAGGAGGAGGGCAGGGAGUAGACUAAAGGUCAAAAUGGAUGAAGACAAAUCUGUGGAAAGAAGAAUUAGAGAGGGAGAAGAGAAGAAGAGGAGAAAGGAGAGGAGGGGAGAAGAUGAUGGAAGAACAAAAGAAUCAGAAGAGGAUGAGAUAGCAAGCGAGCUAGAGAAGAGCCUACUAAUGGAGACGGAAGAGGAAAAAGAAAAAACAAAGGCUGAGUAAGAAGGAAGAGGAGAUCAGGGGAAUACGGGAGCGGGUAGCGGGGGGCCGAGGAGCGAAGAGCCGCCCGGUAGAGGAGGCGCGGUCACCAUGGCCCGGGCAUAGGCGAAAGCGUGCUGUGGCGGCGACGGCGAUAAGAAGAAUGCACUCUUCUGGUAUACCGGUUUACACCAGGCAAUGCUGGAUCUCAUGAACAAGUACGAUCCAAAGGCAACACGUUCUCAAUGGUGCGAGAGAGAUAAGAUUUUAUCAUGCUCACUCUUCUCGGAGUUGUGAGAUAUAUCACCGACGU